AUGCUUAUAACGUUCAAAACGCUUCAACAACAGACUUUUAAGUUAGAAAUCGACGACACUGCAACGGUAGGUACCAAAUUAACAAAUCUGAAGGGUCUUUCGAUCUGCACUUGUAUUCUCUAUGGAUAAGAGUUACGUCAUGAUCUUUUAACCACCAAAUUCCCCAUCGUGCUACCAAGGAACAUAGACUUUCUUUCAUAUCGUGUAAUGUACGUUUUUGUAUGUGUGUAAAAUUAUGCGAGGAUUUUUCACUUAAAAUGUCCUUCCGGCGUCACGCGUUUAAAAAUUUGUUACAGCCUAAGAAUCAUCUGUAUCACUCCGUUCUUCAAAGCACCUUUAAUGAUAAGUGGUUUUCUGUAUAUCUACCCCGUUGGCGUCUAAAUUAAAGAGUAUUUAUAUUUUACUUGUAUCUACAUUUGAAUAAAGUUCUAUUUCCAGCGAUUAAAAAUAUCAAAGAUAUAUGGUUCUAAGCUUUAUACAUCUGUAAUCAUCUUCCUAUUUUCACAUGUUUUUGUCGUAACAGUUUAUUUGUUCUCUUUUUAUUUUUGUGUUCCCCGAAUAUUUCAUUAUUAUUUUCAUCGAUUAUAUUUCUCUUUUUUGUUUAAACGAAUAUUUAAUUCCUGCAAAGGAUGUAUUUAAAGAAGUGUUAUUGUUCAUUUAUGUCUUGGCAUGCAUGUACACUGCUUACAGUGUGUAGAAGAAUGUGUAUAGCCUAGAUUACUCUAUCAGCUGAAUGAAAUAACUGGGGACCGCUGAUUAUGAAACAUUAAUUAUGUGGUCAUGAAUAAAGGGUAAAAAACAAGGAUCUGUAAUUUGUAGUAUGAACUGAGAGGGUAAGAGAUGUGCGCUAUAUGACUUUCUAGCUGUGGAACAGGAAAUAGGGUGGUUGGAAAAGUAAUUUGCUUGCCUUAAAAACUUUGAUUUUAUAUAUAAUUAAGCAAACAAAAGUGCAUUAAAUAGCUUAACAAAAUAUAACUAAACUAAACAUUUGUGGCUUUUUCAUCAAAACAGAGGCACUUGUCAAAAGAAAAGGAACGAUCUUUUCCAUGACUUAUUUUUAACACAUGCAGUAACUUAUGGACUGAAAAUUUUCUUCUUAGAACAAGGAAAGACUUACAAUUUUAGUCAUAUGAUUAAUAAAUUAACUUGUUGACCUUGUGUGGUUAUGUUUUUAGACCAGGUUCAUGUUUGCUGGCAAGUGCCCAAAAUUCAAAGAAAAAUUAACAAUGAGCUGAAAAAAUAUUAAUUAUUAUAAAUAUGUAUUUUAGUUCAUUUGUAAUUCUUUUUGAUCAAUAAACUGAAAAAAAGAAACAUGGUACUUGUAGUGUGUAAAGGUACCAUCCAGGGGCCAAGUUGUUUGAAGCCCGGUGAGUGGUAAUCUUGGAACAAACAGAGCCCACAAAUUGUCAUUGUAAUGAACCCUGGCAGGGUGCAAAGAAAGUCAGUUUUACAGCCUUCCAUUCGGGCAAGCUGUAGCAAGCAUGUACUAGCCCACAAGUCAUUUCCACUAGCCCCAAAACCCUUUUUGAUACGCAGGAUUGAUUACAAUCUUUCUGUAAUUUAAAUUCCCCAAAAAACAGCAGUUGCCCGUUGGGCAAGUUAAGAACAAAAAUCACUAGCCCGAUAGCAAAAUCCACUAGCCCCGGGCUAUCGGACACAACUUUCUUUGCACGCUGCCUGGAUUUGCACUAAUCGUCUGUCAAACAACUUGGCCCUGUUGGUUUUAUUUGAGUGGUAGGUGAUACCGUGAAGUAUCGGAAAGGUUUGCAAUAAUAAUUAUGUUGUGUCAUACAGAUGUCAUCAGAUGAAUGUUUGAUAAGGGUCCAUGUCACCAUAAUCCCAACGAAUGUUUUUAAUGUUUUUUACAGGUUGCAGACCUGAAAAAUAAACUCGAGUCAGAGAAAGGUGAAGAUGCUUACCCUAAAAGUGCUGUCAAACUUAUAUAUGCUGGUAAGUAGAACAAAAUAACACAUUUACAGAGUGAUUUAAACAAACUGUCUUCAUUCUGAGCUCUGUGGCCACUGUCAAAAAACGUAAAAAGAUUGUAUUACACUAACUUAGACUAGUACAAAGGUGAAAAGUAAAUGGAAUUCUUAUUAAAAAGAUUUUUCCAAUUAUAAUCGAUGAGCAAUUGGGUGGGUCAAUCGCAUUGAUUCUGAUGAUCCGUUAUGAAAUCUCAGCAGAUUUUCAACACUCCUUGCACCUAACUUGACUUGACUUGUGUGUGACUGUGUUACAUCUUACCGCACUUCAUUCACAAAUCAAGAGUUCACUUUCUGGCCCAUUUCUGUCUAACUUCUAUAGUGAGCAGUACACAUGAGUUUCCAGUGUUUGAGAGUUGUUCAGCCUCAGUCAACUGCUGUUAUGUGGGAUUCUAUAAGACUUUAUCCUUACUCUAUGACUCUGUUUUAGGAAAAAUAUUGAAUGAUGAUCAGCCGUUAUCAGAGUACAAAAUAGAUGAAAAAGGAUUUGUUGUUGUCAUGGUCACAAAGGUAAAAAAGUUUUAUUGUUACAGUGAAAUUUCUCCUUUGGGACACCUCUUUUGAAAGGACACCUCCAUUCAUGGGACGCAAAAUUUGGUCUGGAAAAAUGCUCACGUAAUCUCUGUAUCUGUUACCUCUGUUGAAGUGACACCUCUGUUCAGGGGAAAGAGACACUUUUUCUGGGUCCCAAAACAUGGCCUUAACUGCUAUUCAGGGGACAAAAAAGUUACUGGCCACAAAAAGUGUUGAUAAGUUUUAUUGUACAGUAGUCACGAUGACAAUAGCUUUAACAACAUGAACUAUCUCACUUAAAUCGAUGUACUGUACUUGUGGAAAUUCAAUACACAAUAUUACAGAGAUAAAUUAAUCAUGAUUUUUUUUAUAGAUUAUUUGGCUGCUUGAAAUACUGACUACAGCAGAUUCCAAAGCAGAAUAGAAGAAAAAUAUUUUAUUUGUUGGUUGAUAACAAACAAUAAGAAACCUCAGCCCAACCUCCGUUCAGGGGACACUUUCCUUGGUCCCGAGGAGGUCCCCUGAAUAGAGGGUCCACUGUGGUAGCAGGGCUGUGCUCAAGCCUAGCCCAAUGGCCCCUGACGCCCAACUUUUGCCUUUGGGCGACUAGUAAAUCUUAUAUUUUCAUACAAAUCAUAUGCUGGGCAAUCCUAGAUUUUAGAAGCUCAGACCACUGGGUUUUCUUCUUAUUGUCCUUAGAGCACAGCCUUGUUAAUAGUGAAAACAAAAUCAGGGAUAAGAGAAAGGCAAAACACUAAUGAUAUUGCCAGGCUUUUGUUAUUUUGAAAGUCCUCUACAAUGAUGAAGACAAACUUCUAUUCCUGAAAAUAUACAUGUAUCAUUAUCUUUUUCUGAUAACAAUGUUUGUCUCUUUGUUUUGUAGCCUAAACCUGCCCCAGCUCCAGCCCCAAGUCCACCUGUAUCCACUCCCCAGGUGAAAAACAUAACAAGCAUCCAUACUGUUAAGUGAUAUAUGUAAUGAAUACACCAGGACUUUGAUGGGGUCCCCGUAAAAACUCAUUCUACGUACCCCUUUUGUUGGGGUGUCUCUCCAACUUGGUCAUCUAUGGUGUAGGUGUAUGUUGUGGUUCAGUUUUAUCCUUGGUUUAAAUUUUAUUUUCCUUUGUUUUUGGGUAUGGUAAUGUGCAUGUAUGACAAUGCAUUUGAAACAAAGAAAAAUUUAAACCAAGGAUGGAAUUGAACCAUAACAAGUACACUGUACAUUUCAGCUACAUGUAUGAUGUGGGUUUUCAUGUUUCUUCUCAAGUGGCUUCCUAAAUCUUUUUUUUUUGUCAAUUUCUGGGCAUCCUGGAUUUUGUACGCUUUGGGCUCUCAAUAAUUUUUUCCUCUUGGUGAUCAAUGCUUCCAGAACUCCUCCCCCCAAAUUCCAUUAAAGAAAAACAAAGGUUUUGGUACACUUUUAUGUCAACUGUUCCAAAAUAAAGUUACUAGUGAAAAGGUGUUUUCAAUUUGAGGUUGUGUAAAGAGAUAUUAAUUGAUUAACUGUUGAACAUUUGACAACACCGACUACAAGAAGUUUUGUAGCCAACACCUGUAGCAGCAACAGACAGUUCAUCAAGAUCUACUGAUGAUACAAAGUCUGAAAGGUAAGAUAUCAGGGAGGGCUCUGUUAGCUGGCCUGUUUCUCCUCCCACUUGGGCAAUAAGUACAAUGAAACCUAUAUUAAGCAGACAACUAGUUUUAACAACAACAACCAACCAACCAUUUUAUUUGCCAAGUUAAAAAAAAAUGUUUACAAGAACAGGACAAAUUAAAGUAGAUCAGGCAAAAAAACUACCUAGAAUUGCAAAAACUAAACAAGCUAAGUAGAUACAAUACUCAAAUUGCAUUCUAUCGGGUUGUGACACAGAGAAGGUAAAGAGUAAAAUAAAUUAAAUUUAGGAGGAUAAAAAUAAAUUAAAUUUGAUGAAAAUAAUUAUUAUAUUAAUAAAUAAACAAGUAAUGGUCCACCUAAGAACUCCUGCAGAAAACAGCACAUGUAGGCAGCGGCAAUGCAAGGCAAUUUUUUCUUGUGGUGAGCCAAUGUGUGAAUAAGCUCCAAAUGAGCUUUCUGAUCGGGUAAAACACUAAUUGGUGUUUCCUUUUACCACAGACUUUGCUCCAUUUUUCUCUUGAAUGAGGUGUAGAAAUGGAACCCAUUACUAAUAGACUUACAUCCCAUCCAGGGGGGAGUAGCAGUGCUCCUACUUUGUAGCUGCCGUUAAUAGGGAAGUGCUCUUGCAGCAUCAGCCCCAGUUGCUGGUAGUGCACCUUUUUUAAGGUUUCUCUAAGAGCAGAGCCCUGCUAAUAGUCUUAUUGUAGCAUACUUUUAGGAAAAACUGAUUAUUUUGCACUUGGCAUUUUCAUUCCUAGUACUGAUGCUACACCUACCACUGCCGAAGAACCUGCCUCCACACCGACAGAAGCAGUGUCGACUUCGGAUCAGCAGUCAUUUACACAGCAAGCUGAGUCUACGCUUGGUAGGUGGAACUUUCUGUGGUUUUUACAGUUGUAGGUUUUAAAAGUGUUAAUUUGUGUUAGAGUUUUCUUAUCUUACCUUAGAGUUAGAAAAACUGAUAUUGAUUAUUUUGUCAAAUAAUUAUGUUAUUGAUAAUAGUUCACAUCAUUUUUUACUACCCAAAACAGGGGAAUAGUACCCAUGAUAAUUUCUAUUUCCACAUUCAAGUUUUAAAAAUAAGACAUGUUGAAUAAUGGUCAUACACAGCACAAAAUGUAUCUUGUAUUAGUUCUUUAGUUAAAAAAAGUGCCAUAAAGAUGGUCUGUAGCUUUGCAAAGGAUAAAAACUUUUGCCACAUGCAUCAGCUUGAGCUGGUAUACCUGAAACUUCCAAUUUAUUAUACCCCACCCACUUGUAAGCCUCCUUGUAUUUACAAGUCCAGGGCUUAUAAUUGGAUGUUUACAGUAUUUGUUCAUUGUUGUGCAGAUACAAGGCCAAACACGUAGAGAAUGUAUUAUUCCUUUUAGUGAAAAUGCUUUUGCAUAUAGAGUGGUUAGUGUCUUAAGUGUACAUGUAUUGCAUUCCUUUUUUCAGUUACUGGUGCUGCAUAUGAAACCAUGGUUACGGAGUUAUGUAGUUUGGGAUUUGAAAGAGACCAGGUAAGAUUUGACUACACACAAAGCUAGCUGUUUUGGUUUGAGUAAAUCGUACUUUACAAUAACAGUGAUUGUCAUUUGCUGUCUCAUUGGCAUGUGGUAAUAAUUGUUAUUUUCUGAUUAUGUGUCCUUAAAAAUAGCUCUGUAAGUAUUGAAAUAUCAUAGCCAAAUUAUGCAGACUGAGCGCAAUAUACCAAAGUUUUAGAUUCUCUAUAACAUUAUUUUGUUUUCUUUAGGUUGUACGAGCUUUACAAGCUAGUUUCAACAAUCCAGACAGAGCCGCUGAAUACCUAAUGACUGUGAGUUUCUUUUAGUAUAACACUAAUUAAAUACUAACAAUAACCAAACAUUGGUGAGUACACAAACACUCUUGCUCUAACAUACAUACAUACUUACAAACAUACAUAGAUACACUUUCUUAGGACUCCUCUACAACUGUAUACGGGGCUAUUCUGUCAUAAUAUACAAUAAUAAAAAAAUAUGCAACAAAAUUACAAUGGAGCAAAAAUAUUUACAUGUGUUACGAAAAGAAAUAUUUACGUGAGUUAUACAGUUAUUAUGUAUUAGUUAUUUGGUAGUAGUUAUUAGUCAGGUAAAAGUUAAACUUUUACCUAAGUUUCAUGUGAUAGAAGGUCAAAACACAUGUGAUCAGAUUAUGAGUGAUAGAAGUGCCAAACACGUGUGAUGAGACUGUGUUCUAUGCAUUCCAUUCUUUGUUAGUGGAAGUCCCAGCAAGUGCUGGCUACAUACCUGGCAUGCAUGCAUAAUAGCAACCUGACGUUUAGGAUUGCAAGCUCUUAUGAAUACUUAAUUUAGUGUUUUGGUCAAUACUAAACUUACGUGGUCACUUAGAGUGCGGAUGAGUGAAAUGUUUUUUAACACCUGAAGGGAAAUUUUGUAUCCGCACGCAGCCAUGUAAUACCCUCUAUAAUUUAUAUUAAUUUUGUGUUUUGCUUAGGGGAUACCUGAUUUGCCGGCAGAGCCCCAAGCUCCAACUGAACAUAGUGAAUCACAGGGUCAAGGAGAAGGAGAGGCAGCCCCAGCAUCAGCAGGUCUACUUACUGUGUUCAUUUACCAUGAAAAAAUUAAAAUUAACAGCGAACAGGAGCAUUCUCGACUUUAUUAAAAUAUUAUUUGCAUUGGAAAAAUAAUAUCAACAAGUGCCUGAUCUACAGGCAGCAGUGCUUAAUCCAGACAGAUAAGUCAGUCAGUUAGUAUAGACCUUUUCCAGUGAAGAUGGCUGAAAAUUUAAAUUAAGCUUAAAGUAAUCUCGUCAACAAGCCCUCCCUUUUCCAGCCAUUUUAAAAGAGGGUCUUGCAGCACUAUUUAAGGUUGAUCUUGACUUAAUUCUCAAUGCUUGAUUCCUUGGUGUCAGUCGUUGAUGGAUGACAGAACGCUUCCAAGUCAGGGGCUCUGGCAUGAAUUUAACGCUGGUGUAGCAUAUCUGAGAAGAGAAAGGCAUGAGCCAAAAGCGACCUUAAAAAGAGCCGAUGGAGCAAUUUGUUUAGUGUUAGCUUGUAACUGUGCAGUUGCCAGUUGUAAGUUAUCACAGCUACCUGAAAUGAAUAAUAUUGAACAUUUCCAGUGCAUGCCUAUAACAUUUCUUUCUUUUUUUCUUCAAGGAGAAAGUGGCAUUGAGUUUUUGCGCAGUCAACCUCAAUUUCGGGAACUCAGACGACUAGUUCAACAAAACCCCCAGACCUUACCACAACUUUUACAACAAAUUGGACAAGACAAUCCGGACCUACUGCAGGUACAACGUAUAGUAAUACUUCUAUUCAACUUGUGGUUUUGGUCCCUGGCAUUGCACAGUGAUGGGUAACACACACAGGUCUUGUGUGGGUCUUGAAAUUCUUAUUUUAGUAAGCCUUGGAUUUUUUAUUGUUAUAAUAAAGUGUUAUUGCAUAAAAAGAAUAAUAAGAGUAUUAUUAAUUUAUUGUUAUUAUUUGUACGUUCUGGAUGUUUUUGAAAACCUUGAGACGUCCUGGAAUUUUUUGAAAAUCUUGGCAAGUCUUAAAAUUUUCUAUUGUAUCCUAGUCAUGGAAGCUGGAAGGGUUGAAAGAUUGAGGCAAAUUAGCCAUGUUUUUACUUGUUUGUUUGUUGUUUUAGACCAACUUCAAUGUACAUAUUUUAAGUGAAUAAUAAUAUUAAACAAAUUCCAAGGGGAGGUUGUUUUCUUCAUGAAAGAAAAAUGAAUAUGAAGGAGAAAAUGUCCCGAGAAUUGGUUUGUUUUAAAGCAAAGCAAAGGUUGUUUUCUCUUCAUGAACAAUCAAUGAAUUCGAAAAGGGAAAAAUGUCUUGAUAAUAGUAGUUUGUAUAGCCUGCGAAAACAUCUGUUUCUCCUCGCUCUUCACCGCUGGGGACGUUUUGCACAGAGGAACGUCUACAACUCAGUGACAGAAAUUCCAUAUUGAUAAGGCAAAUCAAUGUUUAGAUAAUAAAUCCGGUAGUCAUGGGGUUCCAAAUGUAAAUCUGUCCAAUUUUACUUGUCUUGUGGUCGAUUUUGGAAAAGUGUUGUGUUCAUCUGCCAACUAGCUUCAGGAAAACUCAAAUGCUUCUUCUAGAGAAGACUAUAUUACACAAAUAUUGACUGUUUUAUUAGAGAUUCUUCUCGUUUACAUUUGACCUUUGUGGCCUUUUGUCUUUUGUCUGUCAUUCAUAAACAAUAACUAAAAACAAUGUAACUACUCCGUCGACCAAUCAGCACUUCUGACCGGGUUUCGGACAGAUUUUACAUCAUCAGUAUGGAAUUUCUGUCGCUGAGUCGCAGACAUUCCUCCACGCGAAACGUCCCCAGCGGCGAAGAUCAAGGAGAAAGGGAUGUUUUCGCAGGCUAUAGUUUGUAUUUUCAUGAACUAAACAAGAAACUUGUUGUGAAUAUUCCACAGCUUAUAAGUCAACACCAGGAGGAAUUUAUAGCCAUGUUAAAUAGUCCCAACGAACCUGGUGAUGCUGCUCCACGCGUAGGACCUCCAUCAGCACAGGCGUCUGGUCCGGUCCUUUCUGGUCUUUACCAAGAAUUACAGUGUCGUGUUCUUUUUCUUCGAUAGCUCUCCCAUCCUCUUACACAAUAAAAACAGUAUUGUCACGAGCUUUUUUCAUGACGGGUCAUCAGGAGGACAUGCAGUCAUUUUGCUGGGCAAGUAAGUGGUAACCUUUUAAUUCCCAGGACUGACCAACAACAGUUUUUUCUUAAUAUUAUCAGUAUGUAAUGAAGUAGAAAGGUUAUGAGAAUUUAAUUUAUGAUCACUUAAGGAAAUAUGCUUUGAUCUUUUAACAAAUUCGCUCAACUAAUUUUUCAAGGAAUGUAUGCAGGCCAGUGUGGAGAAUUUUAUGCUGAUCUUCGGGCUUAAAGGGUAAAAGCUUACUUGCAGAGUGGGAAGGGGUCCAAGCAAGUCAUUUUCUAACUAAAUUAUCAACUAAGAUGAGCAAGAAGUGAGAGCAAAAUGUGAGAGCUGCUUGCCCAAAAAACAAACUGGAAUUCAUUUUUUUUAGCCCUGCAUGCUGUGUUUUAUGAGGUAAUACAGUAUAACCCCACGACUAAGAACCUGGAUUUGUCCAAGUUGUGCACGGACUGUUUAGGCAGCCAGUUCUGGCUAAUGUUAGCGCCACAAACUAUUGUUGUAAUCUCAAAAAUCAAGAGAACUUUCCUGUCUAUCCUCCAGGGCCCAGUUGUUCGAAGGCGGAUUAGCACUAACCCAAGGUUAAAUUUCAACCUGGGUUUAUUUUUCUUUUGUUCAAAAGCAUUUUCCCGGAUAAUUUUCUCGAUUCUUUUUAGAGCAUCCAAUCAUCAAAUUGUAGGCAAAAAGAAUAAAACUGAUUUUCUUUUUAAGCUUUCAUAUCUGAGUUCAAAUUUUGUACUAACCCUGAGUUAUCUUAACCCUGCUUUGAACAACACAGCCCAGGAACAUUAUUUUUAACAUUGCAUAGUUGUUGCAGUUUCUUCACAGUUCAUCAGUGGAUAAUUGUGGUUCUUCCCACAUUUGUUGAGGUUUUCAUAGAUCAACCAUCAAUUUUAUUGAACCUUGUUCCCAGGCUCCCUCUCUCACUCCAGUGGACGAGUAGGAAAGGAGCCUGGGAACAAGGUUACCAUUAAUCUCACAUGUAAGUUGUUAAAGGUGCAGUCACAGUGGGAUUUCAGCAGACCAGGCCAGGAAAGACCAGAAAUGGUUCUUAAUGUCACAGCACAAGAAAAAGAAGCUAUCGAGAGGGUAGGAGAAUGUGUUAUUUUUGUCAUAACAGUGCUCGAAAAAAGUACUGCCCAGUAGUCCGGGACAUGCAGUCAUUUUGCUGGGCAAGUAACUUGUAACCUUUUAAUUCCCAGGACUGACCAACAACAGUUUUCUCUUAAUAUUAUCAGUAUAUAAUGAAGUAGAAAGGUUAUGAGAAUUUAAUUAAUGAUCACUUAAGGGAAUAUGCUUUGAUCUUUUAACAAAUUCCCUCAACUAAUUUUUCAAGGAAUGUAUGCAGGCCAGUGUGGAGAAUUUUUAUGUUGAUCGUCGGGCUUAAAGGGUAAAAGCUUACUUGCAGAGUGGGAAGGGGUCCAAGCAAGUCAUUUUCUAACUAAAUUAUCAACUAAGAUGAGCAAGAAGUGAGAGCAAAAUGUGAGAGCUGCUUACCCAAAAGACAAACUGGAAUUCAUUUUUUUUAGCCCUGCAUGCUGUGUUUUAUGAGGUAAUACAGUAUAACCCCCAACUAAGAACCUGGAUUUGUCCAAGUUAUGCACAGACUGUUUAGGCAGCCAGUUCUGGCUAAUGUUAGCGCCACAAACUAUUGUUGUAAUCUCAAAAAUCAAGAGAACUUUCCUGUCUAUCCUCCAGGGCCCAGUUGUUCGAAGGCGGAUUAGCGCUGACCCAAGGUUAAAUUUUAACCUGGGUUUAUUUUUCUUUUGUUCAAAAGCAUUUUCCGGAUAAUUUUCUCGAUUCUUUUUAGAGCAUCCAAUCAUCAAAUUGUAGGCAAAAAGAAUAAAACUGAUUUUCUUUUUAAGCUUUCAUAUCUGAGUUCAAAUUUUGCACUAACCCUGAGUUAUCUUAACCCUGCUUUGAACAACCCAGCCCAGGAACAUUAUUUUUAACAUUGCAUAGUUGUUGCAGUUUCUUCACAGUUCAUCAGUGGAUAAUAAUAUUGUGGUUCUUCCCACAUUUGUUGAGGUUUUCAUAGAUCAACCAUCAAUAUUAUUGAACCUUGUUCCCAGGCUCCCUCUCUCACUCCAGUGGACGAGUAGGAAAGGAGCCUGGGAACAAGGUUACCAUUAAUCUCACAUGUAAGUUGUUAAAGGUGCAGUCACAGUGGGAUUUCGCUAGGAACUAGUGCCUGUAAAUUAAAAUUGAUGGUUUGAAAAAUGGCUUUCUGGGUUGAUGGUUAAAAAUUUUGAAUACAGAAAUUGUUAUGAUUUUUAUCUUGGUUAAUCUUUUUCGGCAGAAGGCAUUUUGUUAGGAACUGUUAAUUUCACCUCCUUUUAAUGCUUUCAUAUUUUUAUCCACAGCUAAAAGCCCUUGGAUUUGCGGAAGCUUUAGUCGUCCAAGCCUACUUUGCAUGUGAUAAGAAUGAACAACUGGCUGCGAACUUUCUACUCAAUACAGGAGAUGAUGACUAAAAUAAUCUUUACCGUAAAGUCUUUUUGUUCAUUUGGCCAUAUACUUCAUUUUAAUUAAAAGGUUCACUGUUAACUGGAAUGACUAGAAAGGAGCUCUUCUGUCUCCUUAGUUGAUUUUGUAUUUUGCUGGCUCAGUAGAGAGUGUAAUAGUUAUAAUAAAUUUGCUUUAUUUAUGAUAAUUGAAAUAAUUAUCAUAUAAUGAUAGCAAUUUUAGUUUUCUGAUAAUGAUUGUGGUAUGGCUAUGAAAACAUCACUGUCUUAAACUGCUCUCAACUUUUAUGUUGUCAAUAAUUGAGAGAAACUGCUCUAGCAUAACGGAUUUUCCAGUCUUGUUCAUAAGAGUAGUAUUAUAUAGAGUAUCAGUACGAGUAAAA